AUGGCAAUCCGACGAGCAAACUCGACUCAGCGAGGUCCACAAAGUGAAGAAAUCACACAGGACGUCGUAAAUCGUCACAAUAAGCCGGACGCCCAUGGCAAACAUUCGCAUUCGAUCUUUCACUCACACUCGCACGAUGAACAUGACAAUGGACAUGACGCAGGGCAGAUAGUACAGGCGCUUCAAACUGCUGGCGAUAGAGGAAGUCGAAUAACGCUUAUAGGGCUGUUUUCCAAUGUGGCUUUGACUGGCGCCAAAGGAUUCGCGGGCUGGUAUAUGCAUUCUGCCUCAUUGCUAGCGGAUGCCGGUCACUCCAUGAGUGAUCUGCUCGGUGACUUCGUUGUCCUGUUUUGCUGGAAACUGUCAAGGAAGCCACCCUCAGCACGUUACCCAUAUGGAUUCGCUAAAUUUGAGACUCUCGGGACAACUACCGUGUCACUGUUGCUUAUCGGAGGAGCACUGGGUAUCGGCUUCCAUUCGUAUCACCUCCUCGUGGAAGCACUGGUGACAACUGUCUCCACAAUCCCACCCGGCCCGCUUCAUGACCUCCUCCAGCAAGUUACGUCUGCUGCUCAUAAUGUUCCUGCUGUCGGCCACUCGCAUGGUCAUACUGGCAUCCUCGACCCUAACGCAGCUUGGUUCGCCGCAGUCAGCGUCAUAGCAAAGGAGUGGUUGUAUCGAGUAACCAAGAAGGUUGCCGACGAAGAACACAGUCCAGUGCUUUAUGCAAAUGCUAUUCAUCAUCGCAGUGACGCAUAUUCGAGUGUUGUUGCCCUUUUCGCAAUUAUAGGAUCGUGGCUAUUCCCUGCAUUACCCUUAGACCCUAUAGGAGGCGAUUCCUCUUUUCUACACUGCUUAUUACUUUCACCAGGACUCAUCGUUUCUUUUGUUAUCCUCAAGCAAGGUUUAGACCUUUUUGGAGGCGCGUUCACUGAGCUUACAGAUGCUGGUAUCUCGGCAAACUCGCAACGAAAGUUAGUACACGCAUUAAACCCUCUUCUUUCCUCACCAUCACCGCCAUCCACUGCCUUCGGCAACGGGUUUCAUGACACUACUGAACUACUCGCUAUCCGACAUCUCCGAGCUAAGCGUGCAGGCUCUAUGAUGUAUGUGGACCUCACAGCUGAUGUACCGAGCAAUAUGUCAGUUUUAGCCACAUCAAGACUAGAAGUAAAGAUCUCGCAGACGUUGAAGGAAGCGCGGAAGGAGAUCUCAGAAGUCCGCGUGAAAUUUCACCCUGUUGACACGCACGCUCCUCGGAGUUGA